AUGCCAUCUUCAUUUGCUCUACACUGUUUCACGGAGUUCAUCAAUAACUGGGCGGAGAAUGAGAGAGGUAAGCUAUAAAAUUUUGGAUUCAAAAUUAAAAUAUGAAAUACAUAAACCCCAUAAUUUUCUUUCAGAUCCAAUCCACCGUCUUUUUCUUCAACGAAUUCGUCUCCGCUUUAUGGUUGAGUUGAAGGAUCGAGAAUGUGAGUUAUUUCAAAAGGGGCGGAGACACACUUGGUUUUGAAAAUAUUAAUUACAUAAAAGAUUUUUAAAUUAUAAGGUUCAAAUAUAAAAUGUAUCAAUGAACCGAAUUUUUAUUUCACGAACGAAUAAAUAGUAGGUUGCAAUUUUAAUCAACGAGGCUAUAUUUUAUUUUCAGAACUACUAUUUAUUCACACACAACAAAAAAAUUGUUUUUUUUUCUAAACAUAGGAUUAUGGAUAUAACAUUUUAAGAGUUGGAUUAGUUUCAACUAAUAAAAAUGAGUGCUUUCAGUUUUUUUUCUCAAUUUUGUUAAUCUCCAUAUUUUGAGAUGGUCAUUUUUAGAGUAGAAAAAAAAAUUUUAUGUGAUGAAUUUUUGGCGGCGAGUUUCUGAUAAAAAAAAAUUAUGUAACAAUUCACGUGAUAAAUUAUUUUCAUUUUCCAAGUAGGUAGCUAACACUAACAUAAUGUUAAUUUACUAUCUGUGUGAAAUUAUUCAUGUAGUCAAAGAAAAUCUCUCUCUGUUAAUUUCUAUGUAUGAUUAUUUAUUUCAGUGUUCGAAGCUAUCACCGGACAAGAUCACUCCCAAAGUGUUGCUGAAAUGAUACAAGAGGCAUCGCGUAAUAUACUUCAAGGCUUGCAUUAUUUCCAACAAAUUGUAAGUUCACUUGCACCAACACCUAUUGCACCAAUCCACAAGUCUUCAACAACUAUGAUAUCUUCAGCCAAACAACGCGUUCGAACAUCCCACCGUUGACUAUUUGGCAUUCAGAAGUCACAUGAACGUAAGUUUUUUUCUUCAGAAAAUGCACAGUGUAAUUUACUACCCAAAACCGCUAGGCCUCAAAAUUUUCAAAAUUUUUUUUUGGUAGGUCAGAAACAUUUUUUCUCUAAAUCUCUCAAAUGCGGGAAAUUAUUAGGGCAGUAAACAACACUAUGUGUUAUUUUGAUGACAAUAAUUUUUUUUUCGCAGACUAUUUCACGUUUCUUCGAACGUGCCUGCAACGAAUCGGAACUUCGGCAUAUCAUCGAUAGACUCGAUGUCAACAAUCGGUUCUUCCAACCCUAA